AUGAAAGAUGAGCCGAUGCACGGUCUAGUCAGUUCCCAGACUAAUUGUGCCGAUUCAGGGACUUCUAUACAGCAUUUCUACCCCUCUGUCAAUUGGCCGCCCAAUAGUCAACAUCCCUCAGCAAUCUACGACAUCACUGAUGCCUCUUCAUCCGCCUCGACAUCGCCGUGGUUACAGUCGCACCACCAAAUGGACGACCGUUUUCAGCACCCAACCUCCCGACCCCAUAGUUGUGGACAUGCAAACCAAUAUUCCACACCCCCCUAUAACCCCAAUGGGAAGUUCGACUUCAGGUAUCCCGACCCUAGUUUUCCUUAUCUAAUUGCUCCUAGAACGUCUCCGUCGGGGAUUUCCAGUACGAUGGAUACUGGUCUUUCAAUUAAGCCUGUUGCACCCUAUGAAUUACCUCUAAAACAGACCAUUAUUCAAUCAGAACACGACGGCUACCCUAGUCGGGUGGAGAGCCCUACCGAGGCUCCAACAUAUGGAUACUCGCCAUCUUGA